GCAGUUGAAAAUAGUUAUAUAAUAUAUCUAAUGAUAAUUGCCAUGUAUUCUGAAAUAACAGAAGUUCUAAGAUCUUCAAGCAAUGGUUUAUAAAGAAUAUUUUCUGUAAAUCUUAAUUGUCAGGUAAUUCACACUGUCUAAUAAAAAUGUAUUUACAUAAGGAAUCAAAGGCGAUACACUGGUGAGUAACUGACAUUGAGCUGAUCUCUAUUAGCGCACGAAAUAUACGUAUCAUUAUGUUUCAUAUAGUCAAAACCAACAAUUACUGCAGCGUUGUACAAAGGCUAUCAUCGUAACAACGACCAAAUAGAAUGAUUUAACUUUUCAUUGCUUUCAAUAAACACAAUGUCUUCUUCCUCGAAGGAUGUUGAAGAUCAAUUGAAUAAGAGGCUAGAGUCCCCUCAUACCAGAGAAAUAGGAAAUCUACAGGAAAAAAUAAAUGAAAUCAUAAGCGAUUACAAUGAAAAGGGAAAUAGAAAAGUGAAUUUACGGUUUAAAGCCAUUGGAAGAACUCCUUUGCUGCGUAAAAACGUAUUCGCGAUUAAUGCAAGCCAUCGCUUUGACAAAGUAAUUCGAUUCUUAAAAAAAGAGCUUGGUUUACAACCCGAUUCAUCCUUGUUAUUAUAUGUAAACUAUUGUUUUGCUCCUGCUCCUGACGAAGUUAUUGGUAAUUUAUAUGACAACUUUAGUAUUGAUGGAUAUCUCCUCAUUUAUUAUUGUGUGAAUGUCGCUUUUGGGUAGCUCUACUUUUUAAGAAUGUCUACUUUUUUCUUCAUUUCAUUUUUUUAAAUGAAAACUUGAGCAACAUUAUUAGCAUAGUCCAAACGCUUUAUUUGAUAAUCUUAAACAAAAUUAGUAUUACUUACAAAAAGAUAACAAAACUUAUAUGCAAUUAGAAACCUUAAUAAUUGAUAGUAGUUCAAUAUACACUGAAAUAGAUAUCUGUUGUUAUAUUCUUCCA